AUGAAUGCUGCAAUCACAUACUACAAGCAAUACCUUGGGAGUGACAAGGGUUCAGGCCUUAAAGCAUCAUUCAAUGUUUUAGACCAGAAGGGAUUGAAAGUCCAGACGAAGGGGGUUUCGCACCACCAUCUUAACGAAGCGCUUCAUCACAUUAUGGAGGCACACGUUCUAGACUGUUGGCUGACUGAAGCAAAGGUUACGCAUCUCUCAGAUUUGCGCUCCUGUAGUCCUGCUGACCUGAAGGCUCUCGCAUUACAAAUCCGAGAGACACAUGCUUCAUCUCAUGCUCUUGACGGCAUUAAUGCACAACCCAAAUCCAAGCGCGAUGAGGUCAAGUACCAUUUCACAAUGUUUUUACGUGAUAUCAUGCUAUAUCUGAUUCUUUGCCACGCAAUGAGCAGUGGUGACAUUGGAAUGUUAGAGAAACUCCUUCCCAUCUUCCUUCCCCGAUUCCUUGGGGCUGGCCAUGGCAACUAUGCCACCGAAUGCAUUGAGUUGUUACAGGGGCUCAAUCGCGAGUGGCCACAUGAGGUAGCAGAAUAUGUUCGUUUGAACUGCUGGAUGUUAACAUCAAAUGGCCGUAACUUUACGGCGUGUGACCAGGCUCAGGAGCACAAUAUUAAAGAUCUCAAGGUAACCUACCGGUCACAGGGUCCACACAUUGACUGGAGAUACCUGAAAAUGCUUCACCCAGCGAUACCAACAAUACGGUGUGUUACUGAUCAUGUGGAACACCAGUUUGAGACAUAUACCCGAGGCACUCGGCACACAAUUUCCAAGAAGGUGGCAGAUGUUCAACAUCUACUUAAUGCUUAUCGUGGUAUCCACAAGAAUGAAAAAGGACGGAAGCUGGGGAAGAAGGAGAGAACAAAAAAUUUCUUGCAGGACGGCAUCCACAACCUUCUAUAUGGAAAGUGGCUCACUGACUGGCAUGACAGUCGACUUUUUGUGCGGUCAAAGACUAAUGAUUGGGAUUGA